AUGGACCGACCUGUAUACCGACCUUCAAAUCGGGAUGGAUUUGAGAUAGCGAUAAUAUGUGCCCUACCCCGCGAAACCAAUGCUGUUCUGUAUGCAAUGGACGAGAUAUGGCAUGAUUGUCGCCAUCUAUAUGGCAAAAUCCCCGGGGAUACUAACUCGUAUGAAUUUGGGAGGAUUGGUGUUCACUGCGUGGUCAUUGUGACGCUGUCACAUAUGGGGGUGGUAAACGCGUCAAGCGCUUCUCAAUCCCUCAAGAUGAGUUUCAACUCCAUCAAACUUGCUUUGCUUGUUGGUAUUUGUGGUGCCGUUCCGUUCAAGAAAGACGGGUCCGAAAUCGUACUCGGAGAUGUCAUCAUCAGUGAAACAAUCGUCGAGUUAGACUAUGGUCGACAAUACCCUGGCAGUUUCAAGCGUAAGGACGCAUUACUUGAUGUUCAUGGUCGACCUAAUGACGAUAUACUUGGACUCUUGCAGCGUUUGAAGAUUCCAAAUAUUAUUGAAACACUCCGUCGCGGAUCCAUGGGGCAUCUCAGAUGGCUGCUGCAACAUCUGGAUAUUGCCUAUCCAGGCGCCAGUCAAGAUAUGCUUUUUCCAUCUGAUUACAUACAUAAACAUCGUGGAAACUGCAUUGAGUGUUGUGAUGCUCUUGGGAAUGUCUGUCAGUCUGCUCUUACUGCGUCAUGCAGCGACAUUUCAUGCCAUGAGAACCAAUUACUUGCUCGACUGCGGCUGGAGGAAAUAGUAAAAGCAGGAAUCCAAAGCCCACAACCUCAUAUACACAUUGGCUCUAUUGGGACCGGGAAUGCUGUCAUGAAGUCAGCCCAGCACAGAGACCAACAUGCGCAUUCGGAGAAUAUCAUAGCAUUUGAGAUGGAGGGAGUUGGGGUCUGGGACAAGUUCAGCUGCCUUGUCAUCAAAGGUGUUUGUGACUACGCAGAUAGCCAUAAAAGCAAGGUCUGGCAAGACUAUGCCGCGGCAGCGGCGGCAGCGGUUGCAAAAGAAGUGCUGGGUCAAUAUGUGAUGCCACAAAAGGUCCCACAGCCAAUGGUAUCAAAUGUUGAUAGCCGCCAUUGGCUCAAGUGGGAGCCAUUUCCUCGACAAAAUCGAGAUGUGUUCAGAGAUGCAUACGGUACCCACGAUUCAACAUCGAGACAAAUAUCCCACCGUGCUUUCAAUGAUAUUCGGGGGUCAUUUGAGGAUGAGAAGCGUGACAAGGAAGCUCGGCAACGUAUUUUGGAAAGUCUCCGGUUCCCACAGAUGCAAGAACGCGCACAGCAGAUUCAACCGGCUGAGGAGAAAACAUAUGAAUGGAUCCUACAUCGUCAUGUCACGCAAAGGCAUAGAUACGAGGGAUUGGUCACAUGGCUGUCCUCGAUUACCGAGACAAGGAGGAUAUACUGGAUAUCCGGUAAACCUGGAUCUGGAAAAUCUACCCUCAUGCGGUUUUUGGAAGAAAGGCUUGAGAUGCAAGACCACAUGUUCCCAUGGGCGCGUGAUUGUUCCGUUAUCCGAGUUUCCUAUUUCUCCUGGAACUCCGGGAACGCACUACAGAAGUCUUUGGAAGGUCUUUUGCGAUCUUUGCUAUUCCAGAUUCUCGAGCAAAAGCCGAAUUUGAUACCGGGCAUGUUUGAUGGUACGAGAUGGAGCGCGGCGCACAUGCCUUCAGCCAAGCUCGCUGGUUGGACCAACUCGGAGCUACUCGCCUCCCUUCAAAUGUGCAUUUUGACUCUCCAGAAACUUUCCAUGAAGAUCCUGUUUUUUGUUGAUGGUCUCGAUGAAUUCGAAUGCACGGACCGAAUGCGCCAAGAGCUUAUCGAUAUACUCACAAGGAUGGCCCACAGCGCAAAUGUGAAGAUGUUUCUGUCUGCAAGACCUUGGAACAUUUUUCAAGAUGGCUUCCGGGACAACCCCAGGUUGCGACUAGAAGAUCUCACGCGAGGUGAUAUCACUUUAUAUGUUGAAAGAAAGUUUCUUAACAGUCCAAGAUUCCUGGAUCUUCUUUGUUACGACCAGGAAAAAGCCGAGGAGCUCAUUAGUAGAAUCACAGAAAGGGCCCAAGGGGUUUUUCUUUGGGUACGGCUCGUGGUUUACGAUUUACUUCAAGGGAUCAGGGACGGUGAUGGCAUUCAAUGCUUGCAUCAAAAACUCGAGGGAAUACCUACCGAUUUGGACGAAUAUCUCGAACGGCUGUUUUCUUCGAUCAGCCCCCAGCAUAAGCGAGAAGCCUCUAUCAUUCUGCAGGUCGCAUUGCACGAAGAACGCAGCUUUGAAACCUUACAUCCGCUUCGCUUACUUGAUUUAUCAUUCAUCGACGAACCGAGCCCUGAUUUUGCCCUCGUGGAUACGUCUAGCUACCUCAAACUCCCUAUGCGCGAUCCUGAGAGGCUCAGACUUCGUCUUGAUGCUACCCUCAGGCGAAUUAAUAGUCGAUGCAUGGGUCUACUUGAGUGCACAUACAACCCUGACGAUUUCUUUGGUUUGUUUGGCGAACAGUCCACAGAAGAAUCGAGGGAUAUUAUUUCGCAUUGUCAAGAUUUGAAAUUAGAGCCAUCGGUGUACCCAAGUACCUUUCAUGGUCUCAAUACCCUUCAGUACUUCAUGCUGACAGUCGACUUUUUGCACCGGUGCUGCCGGGACUUUCUCAUUUCUUCCAACACACGAGAGUUACUCCAUCAGUACUCUGGGGGCCAAUACGAUGCGAGGAUGUUUAUCGUCAAUGCUAGGAUAUCACAGUUCCUGGCAUUGCAAAAAAUAGAAAGCGGGCGCGGCAUCUCUUUGGGAUUAGCAAGCUAUCUGAUCAGUGCUCUUUCGGUUCCUGAGUGGAGAGAGACUGCUGCAUCCAUCAGAGCUGCACAAAUACUUCAACCAAUCAUUGAGGACUUCCCAUGCUCUGGUGAGACGUAUCUGCGAGGCUGGUACAUUGGUCCCUCAUUGACUAGUUGGUACGAGGAAGAAAGCAACUUCCUCACGUUGGCUAUAGACUUCAACAUGCGAGGCUACUACAUGGCACACCUGACAGAAAAGGUUAUCAACUCUAAAACAGGCCGACCAAUUCUGGAUUAUGUCCUUCGCCCCAGGUUUGAAUCUACAGACCUCAGAAUCGGAAAUUCGGUCCCCAGUGUCGACCUAUUGGACCGGGUUCUGACUUUGGGAGCAGACCCCAAUAGACUCUACCAAGGCGUGUCUGUCUGGGCACUCUUUCUUUCCUCAGUGGCAGAAUGGUUGCAUAGGGGAAUUGAUACCUCCGACACCAAUAAGAAGGCAUACUUUGCAGCGAUUCGGAUGAUGAUACAAAGAGGUGCCGCAGUAAUUCUCCCACGUUACUGGGCGAUGCGCGAACGCCCUCUUCGGAUACGCCCCUUCGAACGAUUGAUUCUGCAAAAUGAUGAGCAUGUCUGCUGGCCGAUUAACCUGCCAGGAUAUGAGCCUAUUGAUCGGCUAUUACAACCGGGUUUUGCUGUCAUCGAUCUGCUCAAGAAGUUUCGAGUCCACUUUGGACCGAACACGAAUGACCUUAUUGCACUUGCGAAUGCCAGAAUCGAUGGCUGUUGCCAGCCGAAUAUCACCAGUGCAUAA